AUGCGAUCCCUCGCCCACCUCGCCUUCCCGCUCCUAGUUCUGAGGGCCUGGCUGGUACUGUCGAGUCCUAGUCCAGGCUCGGAGUCAAUGCCAUACCCACUUACUGUCACUGCGCUCGGUACAGACGGCGAGAAACCCAUCGGAGCGGCUACGGAACUGGUGGUCUGGCCUGGAGUCGCCGCGGGCUACAGAGCGGGGCGGGAUCCUAUAAGCAACGCGGAACGUCUUAAGCGAGACUUACCGCUCAAGUCGCCGCGUAAGCUAUAUCAGCAGAAGAAGGUUAUCACACCGAACCUCAACAGGCGGAUCAAUAAUGCGCCACCCCAGGCGCGCGCAAGCGGAGGGUCAAGGGUGUACACUACCGACGGGGAUUGCUAUACCAAUAUUAAUUUCCAAGAACAGUAUAGACUCACGUACACCAGCCUCCAGGAUCUAGCGGACCAGUGCGCUGCGAGGCAGGACGACUAUAAUGCCCGAACGGCCGGAUCAGGAUUCCCUACGAGCGCUACGUUUGCGCUGGGAAUGGUGAUCAAUAAUUGUUUUCUAUCGGCGACGUUGAGCGGGGCGGGACCGUGUGAUGCGUCGAACCUUGUGCAGUACGUGCCUAGCAAUUAG